CAAUGGGCGGGAUGCAUGCAGGUGUUCAAUGAUGCGAUUGAAGCUUCGAGGGUCUCAUAUAGGAAAAUGAAUCCAUUUUGUGUUCCAUUUGCAACCACAAACAUGGGUUCUGCAAUGCUGGCAAUGGAUCUGGGUUGGAUGGGACCAAAUUAUUCAAUUUCAACUGCUUGUGCUACGAGCAACUUCUGUAUUCUGAAUGCUGCAAACCAUAUAAUUAGAGGGGAAGCAGAUGUGAUGCUUUGUGGUGGUUCGGAUGCAGUAAUUAUUCCCAUUGGUAGUUCGACUGGGCUGGGAGGAUUUGUUGCAUGCAGAGCGCUCUCACAAAGAAACAGCGAUCCAAGCAAAGCUUCUAGGCCCUGGGACAUUGAGCGUGAUGGAUUUGUUAUGGGAGAAGGGGCAGGUGUGCUGCUGUUAGAAGAGCUAGAGCAUGCUAAGCAAAGAGGAGCCAAUAUCUUGGCCGAGUUUCUUGGAGGAAGCUUCACUUGUGAUGCUUACCACAUGACUGAGCCACAUCCUGAGGGAACAGGAAUUGCUUUGUGCAUCGAGAAAGCAUUGUCACAAUCAGGAGUGGCCAGAGAGGAUGUCAAUUACAUAAAUGCUCAUGCAACCUCCACACCAGCUGGUGACCUCAAAGAGUAUCAGGCUCUCAUUCGUUGUUUUGGUCAGAAUCCUGAGUUGAGAGUGAACUCUACGAAGUCCAUGAUUGGUCACCUACUAGGAGCUGCUGGUGCAGUGGAAGCUGUUGCUGCUGUCCAGGCAAUUCGAAUGGGGUGGAUCCAUCCAAACAUUAAUCUGGAAAACCCAGAGAAGGAUGUGGAUAUGAAAGUUUUGGUGGGCUCAAAGAAGGAAAGAUUGGAUGUGAAGGUGGCACUGUCAAACUCCUUUGGCUUUGGUGGCCACAACUCAUCCAUUCUCUUUGCUCCUUACAAGUAGACGUUGCAAUAUAACUGCUGGCCUUCAAAUAUGGGACUGUGCCAUUGUCUGUUUCAUGAUCUCUUCAAUAUGAUGGCAUGUAGUCAUUUGCGUUGACGUACUUUCUCAAUGUUCAGAGGAUGGAAGUGUUGAGAAGAAACAAAUUUUGCGCUCUAUCCUUUUGUUCUGUAUAGAAACUUGUUCAUAUUUCCUGUUCUA